AUGAGCCCCCCGGGACAGUCAAAUCUUCCCAUGAAGACCAGGGAGAUACCAUCCUACGCCUCUAACCAUAUUCUGCGCACUUCUCCGGGUACAGGCGUGAGCUCUGUCUACAUUUCCCAGACGAGUGACGGCAUCGAUUCCAUGCCGCCGCACAGCAGUUCCGCUGUCCAUCCAGCGGAAGUCUCCCGGCAGACGUUGGUCGGUGAAUCUUCUGAGUUUUUGUCAGUUGACACUAGCAAUGCCAUGACGAGAGCCUCGCAUCGCUCUGGUAGAGAUGGUGGAGGGAACAGGGGUCGGAGCAAAGAGCCCAGGGUCGAGAAGCGGAAUACGAAAAACGCACCCUCUAUCUGCUUAACUAAGCCACUGUCGGAGAUUGCACGGGAGGUCCCGGGGGUUGGCGUCGCGGAUGUUACAACUUUUGCGAGACGAUCGGCUGAGAUCCGACAGAUGGAAGCUGCCAAGGCCGGAAAGGUGAAGCGACCGCUUAAUGCAUUUAUCCUCUACCGCAAGGCCUACCAGGAUGUUGCCAUGACUCAGAUCACUCGCAGCAACCAUCAACAGGUCUCGGCUAUAUGCGGAGCCUCUUGGAACGGCUGGGAACCUCCCAGCGUCAUCAAGCAUUUCAAGGACCUGGCGAAUAUCGAAAAGCAGAUGCAUGAGGCGGCUUUCCCCGCCUAUAAAUACGACCCUGUGCAGGCAAAGAAGCCCAAGGACACUACCAAUCAUACUUCCAGUGCGUGCGAUUUGAGUGAUGGCGAAUCAAGCUGCCGUCCCAGGCGAAGUGGCAGGCAGCGGACUGCUCGAGGCACGUCUCGAAUCAAGCAGUCAUUUCCCUUGGAGGUGCCUGAUCACUAUCGUGGACUGCAGGGACUACAUUCGCAACCCGUCGGUGGUAACUGGGAACCUCAUCAAACUAUUCCGUUCUCCGGGUGGUAUGAGCCUGCCCGCAUUUCGACGGAAGCCUCCCAAUAUCCGCAGCGUGGUGCUGGCCAGGGCCCCAGUGGCCCUGUUGCUGGUACCUCAUACGCCUGCACUUCGUCGAGCCUAUACUAUCAGCCUUAUUCAGGGUUCGGUGAUCAGUGUUUGGAUCCUUCUCUCCGUGCGGAGGCGCCGGGCUCUCAGUAUGCCCAGUUCUUGGGUGCCAAUCACGACAUGCUGCCAGACUGGAUGAAUGUUGGUGGUGCUCAGAAUGCAUCUACGACACUCGUGCCUGACUUAGAUGUCACGGGCGCGCAUACGGCUUAUCUUCAGGGGACAGAGGGUGAUUGGCAGGUCGAGCAGCUCGAGGAUGGGAGCCAUUUCAGUGAUUGGAUGACGCAGGCAGGAAAUGGCGAGCAGCAGUAG